AUGGCAGAUCAGCUGACAGAAGAACAAAUUGCUGAUUUCAAAGAAGCCUUCGCACUAUUUGACAAAGACGGAGAUGGCACCAUAACAACAACGGAACUGGGAACCAUAAUGAGGUCACUCGGGCAGAACCCCACAGAAGUUGAGUUACAGGACAUGAUCAAUGAAAUAGAUGCUGAUGGCAACGGCACAAUCGAUUUUUCAGAAUUCCUCACCAUGAUGUCGAGAAAAAUGAAGGAUACUGACAGUGAAGAAGAAAUCAGAGAGGCAUUCCGUGUGUUCGACAAGGACGGCGAUGGCUUCAUCAGUGCGGCAGAACUUCGGCACGUGAUGAUCAACCUUGGAGAGAAGUUAACAGAUGAGGAGGUGGAUGAAAUGAUCAAGGAAGCCGACAUGGAUGGGGAUGGUCUGGUGAACUUUGAUAGUGUAUGCUCCUUGUGUGAUAUAUUGCUAGUAUUUAAUUUAAAUUUUUUCACUACCAUCAUGGCCGACCAACUAACAGAAGAACAAAUUGCAGAAUUCAAAGAAGCCUUUUCACUGUUUGACAAAGAUGGAGAUGGCACCAUAACAACAUCGGAACUGGGUACCAUAAUGAGGUCACUUGGGCAGAACCCCACUGAAGCUGAACUACAAGACAUGAUCAAUGAAGUAGACACCGACGGCAACGGCACAAUUGACUUUUCAGAAUUCCUCACCAUGAUGGCACGAAAAAUGAAGGAUACCGACAGUGAAGAAGAAAUCAGAGAGGCAUUCCGUGUGUUCGACAAGGACGGCGAUGGCUUCAUCAGUGCAGCAGAACUUCGACACGUGAUGACCAACCUUGGAGAGAAGUUAACAGAUGAGGAAGUUGAUGAAAUGAUCAGGGAAGCCGACAUGGAUGGGGAUGGUCAAGUGAACUAUGAAGAAUUUGUUCAUAUGAUGACAGCAAAGUGA